GAUAAGAAUCAAUUUGGUGAAAAGUGGAAGUCCUACCUGCGUGUCAGGGUUUGUAUUAAUGUGGAAAAUCCUUCGAACAAAGGAACAACUCUGAAAAAAGAAGGUAGUGGGAUGAAGACCAGCCCAACAGGAAAGAAUAAAUGGCUGGUUGGAGAAGGCUCAAACUCGGACAUGAAUUCGCAUUAUUGGGAGAAUCAGGGGUCUAACGGAGGAGCUAAGGGUGAGAAGGAAGAUACGGCGGUCUCGCGUAGUAGCUCUUCCAAGUAAGUGGUUUUGAAACAUAAUGAGAAAUCCAUAGGGGAACAGAAGCGCAGUCGCAUCUGGGAGGCAGGGGAAGCACAACACCGAGGGGGGGAUGAGAUGACACUGGACAGAACAAAAAAUGGAGAGGAGACGGGCUUAGAGGGGUAAGCUUGUUUGCGGUUGGGAUGCGGAAGGGGGGUUCAGAGUGGUGCCUUCUGGUGUUCGUUAUGUGGGUGAUGAUCAAACUGCGAUUAAUGUCAUUGGCUCAGUUGUGCCCAUAAAAGGAUCAGCGAGUUAUAUUACCGAGGUUAGAGCGAGAGUGAACCCUAGGUAAAAGCCGCCGUCGUCGCACCUGAGAGAUGGUGUCCGUUUGAGCCGGCAGUUUGAGACGUGCGUAGGAUAUUAGCGACAAAACAGUGAACCCAGGCGUUUCCUUCUUCUUUGAUUUGCGAAGCUCGGUGAGGAGGAUUAGCGGGCGGCUAGAAGGAGUGAUGUGGCUUUUUUGACAGACGAAAGACAGAGGGAGGUCGGCUUUGGUGUGACAGACAGGGGCUAGACGAAGAGAGGGGACAUAUUCGAUUGUGCACUGGUUGUGCAGGUUUUUGUUUUGUUUUCUUUAAUUUGCAGAUUGUGGUCAGUCAUGGCUUGCUUGUCCAUCGCUUCACGACUCAAAGAGUUGAGGAUUGACGUUUGGCAACGUGAAGGUAUGAAAGUGAGUUUGAUCGAGAAUGAGCAGGAUGAGGAAGAAGAAGAUGCAGUAUUGUUGAUCCGACCUCCUCCUGAACCGCAACCACGGAAGUGGAGGAUGGUGGUGAUCAGAAAGCUGGGACAAGACUUUUAUUUUCUUGCUUUUGUUUAUUUUAAUUGUCUGGAUCAUGCUAUUUACUUUUGUUUGUUUUUGGUUUUUUGUUGUAAGACUGUGAAUUUGAAUAUGGGUGAUGGAAGGACUGUAUUAAUUGUCUUUGGCUCGUUUGUACCCAUUAAUGGAUCAACGAGUUAUAUUGCUUCUGUCGAGGUGAUAAACUCUGACUCUGGUUCGAG